UCGGAGGACAAGUUCAGGAUGCGUGUGAAGCCCCAGGGCCUGGUGGUGACCUCCAGUGCCGUGUGCAGCUCGCCCGACUACCUCCGGGAGCCCAAGUACUACCCCGGCGGCUCCCCCAGCCCCCGGCCCCUGCUCCCUGCUCGGUCCCCUGACUGCCCGCCCAACAAGGCCUUUCCCCGAACCUUCCCCGAGGAUCCCCAUCCACCGCCCCGAGGGGACCCCGGUCCUCGGCGCCCACCGCUCCUCUCCAAGGGGGACGACCUGCUGCCCCCCCGCCCCCCGGUGCCCCCCCGGCCUUUCCCUCACGCCCGCUGCCCUGUGCCUGGCGGGGGGGGCUCUAAGCGCCGCUGGGGCAACGGGCGGGUGAACCUGCACCCAGUGGUGCAGCUGAUCGACAUCAUGAAGGACCUGACGCGACUGUCCCAGGACCUGCAGCACAGCGGGGUCCACCUGGACUGCGGGGGCCUGCGGCUGAGCCGGCCCCCGGCCCCACCCCCCGGCGAUCUCCAAUAUAGUUUCUUCUCCUCACCCAGCCUGGCCAACAGCAUCCGAAGCCCCGAGGAGCGGAGCGCCACCCAUGGCAAGGCUGAGAGACCCGGGCGGGCCCUCUAUGAGGCAGAGCCUGAGCAGCGGGGCAGCCCUGAGCCGGGCCAAGGCACCAGCCCCGGGGCCGCCACUGGCCUCCCCCAAGAACCGGAGCCCGACGCUCCCGACUACUCUGAGCUGGCCGACGCGGACAUCCUCAGCGAGCUGGCCUCCCUCGCCUGCCCCGAGGCCCAGCUGCUGGAGGCCCAGGCCCUGGAGCCCCCAUCCCCGGAGCCCGAGGCCCAGCUGCUGGACCAGCAGCCCCGCUUCCUGGACCCCCAGGUGCUGGAGCCUCUUGGGGAGGCGCUGGAGCUGCCGCCACUCCAGCCCCUGGCCGACCCCCUGGGCCUGCCCGGCCUGGCCCUCCAGGCCCUGGAGACGCUGCCUGAUGCCCUGGAGUCCCAGCUGCUUGAUCCCCAGGGCCUCGACCCUCUGCCCAAGCUGCUUGAGGCCCCGCCCCACCUGGGUCGCGCCCCAGGCCGGUGCCCUGACGACCUUGCGGUGGACCGGCCCUCCCGAGGGCCCCUGGGGCCCGGCCACCUAAACGCCCUGGGACUGAUAAGAAAAUUCUGUGCCCCGCCUAAGGCAGGCCGGGGCAGGAAGGCAGACGCCUGUCCCGAGGGCGCCCACUUGGCCUGUGGACCGGCAGCCGCCCUGGAGGCCGCCCACCCCCAGCUUGUCCCGCUCCUGCCCGGGCCGGGGCUGGGGCCCCCCCCUGGGCCCGCCCGGAAGGGGGGGUCCCGGGCGGGAUUGGUUAAGAUGGCCGUCCCUUUGGCCGGGGGAACAAGACCGCAAGGUAUCCUCCCGAAAGCAGCCAAUGUGGAGGGCAAGGAGCUGGGGGUGCGCGUGUCGGCCGAGCCUACCCCUCUGCUGAAGAUGAAGAACAACGGGCGCAAUGUGGUCGUGGUGUUCCCACCCGGUGAGAUGCCCAUCAUCCUGAAGCGCAAGAGGGGCCGCCCACCCAAGAACCUCCUGCUGGGCCCGGGCAAGCCCAAGGAGCCCACCCCCGAGGUGAAGAAGCGGCGGCGGCGGAAGCAGAAGCUGGCCUCGCCCCAGCCCUCCUACGCAGCCGAUGCCAAUGACAGCAAGGCCGACUACUCAGACGUGCUGGCCAAGCUGGCCUUCCUGAACCGCCAGAGCCAGUGCGCCGGCCGCUGCUCGCCGCCCCGCUGCUGGACCCCCAGCGAGCCCGAGUCCGUGCACCAGGCGCCCGACACCCAGAGCAUCUCCCACUUCCUGCACCGCGUGCAGGGCUUCCGCCGGCGGGGGGGGAAGGCGGGGGGCUUUGGCGGGCGUGGCGGCGGGCACGCCGCCAAGGCUGCCCGCUGCUCCUUCAGCGACUUCUUUGAGGGCAUCGGAAAGAAAAGGGUGGCAGCCCCCGGGGUGGGGGCCAUGGGCUACUGGGCCCCCCAAGAGGGGCGGGUGGAAGGGGGGAAACCCAAGAGGGGAAAAGCGGCACCCUGGACCGCUGGACUUUGCCCUUGGCUCCGGCCGAGCCCCAAGUGGGGCACCUGGGGGCCACCUGCCAGCGCCCUGCCCGCUCAGGGCAGGGGCCUGGCGGCCUUCCCCAGCCGGGGGGCCAAGGCCAGCCGGCGGGGGCCACAGGCCCGGGGUGCCCGGCCGCCCCAGCGCCGGGCCCGGAGGGCCUUCCCAAAGCUGGCACCCCCCUGGCGGGCCCGCCGCCCCCACCGCCCACCCCCGGCGGGCCCUACCCCCUCCUUUCUUUGGGGGCCCUUCCCCCCGGCCAACUCCCAAACAGGUUCCUUUGCCCCGGGCAGCACCCUCCCGGCCCCCCCCAACCGCCCGGCAGGCCACCCCCGGGCCCCCGGCCUGCCUGGGCGGCCUCCUUCCAACAGCCUGGGGGCCCUUUUGGGCCCGGCCCCCCCCUCGUUGGCCGCGCCACACCGUCUCCCCGGCAGGUGCCCAAACAGGCCGCCCGCCGCCCCGCCUUCCCAGCCCUCCCGAAACGUCGGGGGCGGGGCUGGGUGGCCUUUCCGGCGGGGCUCGGGGGCCGGACUGGACCCGGAGGCCUUCAGCCGCCCCGCCCGGCCCGACUCCAUCAAGGCCCACGUGAUCCUGGACAUCUCCCAAACGCCCCGAACCAAGCAGACGGCCGUGUCCCGGGACCUUCUCCGGUCCUCCCGCAGCACCCAGUUCCCCGCAGCCGGCGGGGCCGGGACCAACAGCGAGGCCUCCUCCAGCGAGGGCCAGUCCAGCCUCUCGAGCCUGGAGAAGCUGAUGAUGGACUGGGCAGGGCCCCAGCCCGGCUCAACUGGAACCAGCUUGCUCUUCCAGAGCAGUCGCCCGCCGGGGGAAGGGGACCUGUUAGGCCCACCUGGGCCCCUCCCGGCCUCCUGCCCCGCCCCCCUACCGUCCAAAGCGGCCGCGGCUUACGCCGGGGGCGGGGCCUGCUCGGGGAAGAAGGAGCGUGGCGGUGGGGCCAAGGCCAAGUUCAUCCCCAAGCCGCAGCCCGUCAACCCCCUGUUCCAGGACAGCCCUGACCUGGGCCUGGACUACUACAGCGGGGACAGCAGCAUGUCGCCCCUGCCCGCGUCCGGGGCCCCGGGGUGGGGGAGAGGGACCAUCACACAUGGGCCCUACUCCCAUGAACCUCCACGCCCCCGGCACCCGGGGGGCCCUGCCCCGCCCAGCCUGGGCCCGCCCGGACCCCGGACAGCCCUUUGGCCUGGCCCACCCCGGCCGCGGGCCCCGGCUGCCUUCGGCGCGGGCCUGAAGGCCCUCCCCCAACUGCUUUACGCUGGCCCUUCGGGGCCCGGCCGGCCGCUGCCCGCCCUCGGCCCAAGCCGGCCUCCGGGGCCGGCCUCGCCCAGCGCCCCCCUGAGCUGCGACCGCCCUGCCAGGCCACGCCGCCCGCUGCAAGGGGGCCCCUGGCGCAGGGCCCUGGAGAUGGUGCGGCCGCCCGGGCCCCCCCGCGCUGGCUACGGCUGCCCGCUCCUAAGUGACUUGACCCUGUCGCCUGUGCCAAGGGACUCCAUGCUGCAGUUGCAGGACACAUACAGGUACCCCGGCUUUGUGCCGCAGGGCCACCCGGGCCUGGGGGGUGCCCCGAAGAGCAGCUUCCUGGGGCCCAUGGGGGAGCCGCACCCUGAGGACACUUUCACCGUCACCUCCCUGUAGUGCCAACUGAAGUGCCAACUGGACAAUGAGGUUUUCUAACAGGCUUUCAGAAACCAACGCCAAGAUCCCUCCCGUCAUCCCCAACCUCCCGCAGGAGCAACUCACUUCCUCUGCCUCCUCUCCUGACUGCCCCCCAUCUUGGAAUCCCAAAGCCCCCUCCUCCUUUUCCAUGGCCUACCCUGGACCCUGGGAACCCCCUCCCUCUCCCCCACCCCACCCCCCACGCAGAAGCGGAAGGUGAGCUCUUUCUGCACAAAACCAGCAAUUGUAAAUACUUUUUAAAAAUGUACAAAACAAAACAGAACACAGUUUUAGACAAAAAAAAGACAAAAAAAAGAGCGAGCGAGAGAUUGCGAGAACGAGCGAGAGAUUGCGAGAGCGAGAGAGGCCGAGCAGUGCCCGAGCAGCUCCUCCAGUAUGCACUGAGAAAUUUAUUUACAGGUCGUUAGAGAGAAAGGAACAAUACCCUAUUUAUUGUAUAUACUGUUUUAUUAUAAAUUGUGGAUUGCAUAUUGCACCCUGUA